CAUCUCUGGUCAAAACACGAGUAUCCUGUUCUCGUAAUACGGCGAAGUAUGCUAUAUUACAAGUUUUUCCUGUCCAACAUACCCCAUACUAAUCAACCUAUUGUACACUCAGAACGUCCUGGAUUGAUUGCAUUUAUUGUUCUGAUUUUGCAAGGAAGUGUGCCGGUUAAAAUCGGAGCACUUUCAUCUGCAGGAUUGCAACAUGUCAAAGGUAAGCUUGCAUGGCAAGUGGUCCCUCUCCAGCAGUGAUGAUGAUAAUGAUGAAGAUUCAAAACCCACAAACAGUAAUUCACCUGGACAGACCAAAACUCACAACUCUAACUCCAACACCAAUAAGCUUGAUCCCUACCUCGUUUCUGAACCGGUAUCAGGCUUGGACCCUGACCCAGCAAUAGUAGUGGAGGUGAAACCAGAACCAGUUCCAGUUCAGGUCCGGCCUACCUCUGCUAUCUCUCUCUCUAUUGGCUCUGAGGCUAGACAGGUAGCCCAGGUCAGCCAAUUGAACCCUGUGAAACAUGGACGCCUCCCAUCUUUGGCUGGCAAGAGGAAGAAGGAGGCAGAUGAUUCUGGCUGGGCCCUCUCCGACAGCGAUGAUGAUGAUGAUGCAGAGAAGCCGAAAGCUUUGACUUCAGGCCUGAAAGACCCUCCAAAGAAGUCGACUCUGGGCCCAACCCCGAACCCCAAGAGGGUGAAGGUUGAAAACGACCAGCCUCCUAGCCCCCACGGGCGGACAUACUACAUCGAUGAGCCGGACGAUUUCUUUGAGACCAGCUUUCCUCCUGCCAAUGACACAUACCGCUUCUACCUCAACAAAGUCACAGGGCUGGAUAAGAAAUACAACACUGGGGCUCUGCACAUCAAAGAGAUCCUCUCGCCAUUAUUUGGAACCCUGAAGGAAUCUGUCCAGUUUAACUACUGUUUUGACAUCGCAUGGAUGGUCCAGCAGUACCCACCAGAGUUUCGAGACAAGCCUGUCCUGAUUGUCCAUGGGGACAAAAGAGAGGCCAAAGCUCGUCUCCUCCAGCAGGCCCAGCCCUAUACACACGUCCACUUCUGUCAGGCCAAACUGGAUAUUGCUUUUGGAACACACCACACGAAGAUGAUGUUGCUGUGGUAUGAGGAAGGUUUCAGGGUUGUCAUCCUCACCUCCAACCUCAUCAGAGCAGACUGGUACCAGAAGACACAGGGGAUGUGGAUGAGCCCCCUCUAUCCACAGUUACCGGCUGGGAGCCCAGAGACAUCGGGGGAGUCACCCACCAUGUUCAAACGUGACCUACAGGAGUACCUGUCGGCCUAUCAUGCCCCUGAACUCUCUGAUUGGCUGCAGAGGAUCAAGAAGCAUGACCUAUCAGAGACCAGAGUGUACCUGAUUGGCUCGGCUCCAGGCAGAUAUUUGGGAUCAGACAUGGAGAGGUGGGGUCACCUCAGGCUAAGAAAGCUACUGCAUGAUCACACACAACCCAUCCCCAGUGAAGAAAAGUGGCCUGUCAUCGGUCAGUUCUCCAGCAUCGGCUCUAUGGGAUUGGACAAGACCAAAUGGUUGGCGGGGGAAUUCCAGCGCACCCUGACCACCUUGGGCAAGUCGUCGCACAGGCUUGAUCCACCUGUACACUUGGUAUACCCUUCAGUGGAGGAUGUGAGGACCAGUCUGGAAGGCUACCCGGCGGGGGGCUCUCUACCCUACAGCAUCCAGACGGCUCAGAAACAGCUCUGGCUCCACUCUUACUUCCACCGUUGGCAAGCUGAGGCAUCAGGGCGGAGUCACGCCAUGCCACACAUCAAAACCUACAUGAGGGCAUCACCAGACUUCACACAGCUAGCUUGGUUCCUGGUCACAAGUGCUAACCUGUCCAAAGCUGCCUGGGGUGCCUUAGAGAAGAACAACACUCAGAUGAUGGUGCGCUCCUAUGAGCUGGGAGUACUGUACCUUCCCUCUGCCUUUGGUGUCAUCUCUGGGGUCUCCAUCACCCCUGUAGUGAAGGGAGCAGACACCACCAGCUACUGCUUAUCAGAGGCCAGAAGGGGUGACCCAUUACAGGAGCAUAGGAGGAGCUGGACUAAGAGACAACUACAUCUAGAGACACAUUGAGUCUGUGUGUCUGGAUCUCUUUUCUUGUUGCGGCUCUCAGUGCCCCGCUUGCAUAUCUCUAGACUUUUCAAGGUCGCUGCCAAUCUCUCUCUCUUUCUCUCCCUGUCACAAAAAGAAACUGCAGAUUAUUGUGGAAUUUUCCUCAACUUUCUACUAAACUGUCUACCCAUAUCCAUCCAUUUAUCUGUCAUCUUGAUCAGCCCCCAUCUCUCUAGAUAUGAGGAACUUCUGCACUAAUGUCUGCACAGGAAUUACACUGAAUAACAAGAUUGCUGUAGUCAACAGUCUGUCUAGCUGAAUGUCUCUUAGCUAAAGAUUCUGGCUGUUGUUUUCUGGGAGUAACUUUCUGUGUUGUUUGUGCUGUUUCUGGUGUAACUUCAUAUACAAUGAUAGCCACUAGAAGUUUCUUUGACUUAAAGAAAUUAGUUAUUGUGUGCAUGUGCGCAU